CUGCAGCCCCGCCCCGCGCACCUGCAGCCGGCCCCAUCGAUGCGCUCGGCGCUCGCCUGGCCGCGCCCGGCCGCCCGCGCGCGCCCCGCCCCCCGCCGCUUCCCACUUCCAAGAUGGCCGCGGGUGGAGCCGACCGGACGCCCCCUGGACACGAUGACUGAUGGCAGGCUGGGUUCCGCCCCGAAUGGUGCGCCGCUGCCGGGCGGCCCGCACCCCAAGGCCCCGCGGCUGAAGCAGGGGCGCCCCGAGGACCGGCGCAGCCUGCAGUCGGUGGACUCGGGCAUCCCCACGCUUGAGGUGGGGAACCCAGAACCCGUGACCUGCGGUGCCACCCGUGGCCCCCGCCGCCCGCCGGAGCUAGGCCCCGAGCGCGCCUGCCACAGCGCCUGCCCUCUGCCGUCCUGCGGGGCGCCGGGCCCGGGGGGCCGAGAGCAGGCCCCGCGCAAGGCCUCCACCUUCCCGCGCUCCGGCCACGAUGGCCCGCGCCCCCGCAGCCCCCCGGCGCCCCGAGGCCCCCGCGACCACGGCAGCGUGUCCAGCCUGGGCACCGAGCUGUCUGCCACGCUGUCCCUCAGCCGCGAGGACCUGGUCACCAGCAGCUCCAGCGCCAUCGUCACCCUGGAGAAUGACGACGAGGACGAGGACGGCGGGGGCCUGAGCGCCCAGGAGCCCCCCGGGCCGGCCGUGCCCCCCGCAGGCGGCGAGGACACCAGGAAGUCCAGGGGCCUGGGCCCGUUCAGCCACUUCUUCUCCAGGAACCUGCUUCCCAGGAAGCUCAGCGCGAGGCUGGAGAGGCAGAGCCACCCGGGCGCCAAGCACUUGGGGAAAACUCCUCUGCAGGAGGAAGACACCAAGAAGACGCAAAAGGAAUGUGAGGCCCAGACUGGAGCCCCCAGCCAGCCGCCCUCCCGGAAGCAGAGUGUGAGGCGGAGCCUGGCCUUCGAGCCCCUGUCCACCACCGCACUCAUCUUAGAGCACAGGCCGGCGAACCUCCCGGCCAAGCCCGCCGAGGAAGCCCGGAAGCACCGGCAGCAGUACGAGCUGAUGGUGGUCGAGGCCAAGAAGCGAGAGCUGAAGGAAGCCCAGCGCCGGCAGAGGCAGCGAGAGGAGCGGUGCCGGGUGGAAGACGGGAUCGGGAGCGCCCUGCUGGCCUGGAACAACGAGAUUCUGCCCAACUGGGACGCCAUGUGGAGCUCCCGCAGAGCCCGGGAGCUGUGGUGGCAGGGCGUCCCACCCAGCGUGCGCGGCAAGGUGUGGAGCCUGGCCAUCGGGAACGAGCUGAACAUCACACACGAACUCUUCCACAUCUGUCUGGCCCGGGCCAAGGAGAGGUGGCGAAGCUUCAGCUCAGGAGGCCCCGAGGCUGAGGGAGAAGGCCGAGCUCCCCGGGACCUGUCGGCUGUCCGUCUCUCCUCGGAGGCCGGGCUCCCAGCCGCGGACAGAGAGGCCAGCCUGGAGCUUAUCAAGCUGGACAUCUCCAGGACCUUCCCCAGCCUCUGCAUCUUCCAGCAGGGUGGCCCCUACCACGACACGUUGCACAGCAUCCUGGGAGCGUACACCUGCUACCGGCCUGACGUGGGCUACGUGCAGGGCAUGUCAUUCAUCGCGGCGGUGCUGACCCUGAACCUGGACACGGCGGACGCCUUCAUCGCCUUCUCCAACCUCCUCAACAAGCCCUGCCAGAUGGCCUUCUUCCGCGUGGACCACAGCCUUAUGCUGACCUACUUCGCUGCGUUUGAGGUAUUCUUUGAGGAGAACCUGCCCAGGCUGUUUGCCCACUUUAAGAAGAACAACCUGACCCCAGACAUCUACCUGAUCGACUGGAUCUUCACGCUGUACAGCAAGUCGCUGCCGCUGGACCUGGCCUGCCGCGUGUGGGACGUGUUCUGCCGGGACGGCGAGGAGUUCCUGUUCCGCACGGCGCUGGGCAUCCUGCGCCUCUUCCAGGACGUGCUGCCCGCCAUGGACUUCAUCCACAUGGCGCAGUUCCUCACGCGCCUGCCCGACGACCUGCCGGCGCACGAGCUCUUCAGCGCCAUCGCCGCCGUGCAGAUGCAGAGCCGCAGCAAGAAGUGGGCGCAGGUGCUGGCCGCGCUGCAGAAGGACAGCCGGGAGGGCGAGAAGGGCAGCCCGGCCCCGAGGCCCUGAGCCGGGCGGGCGGCGACGGCGACGGCCCCGCCGGGACCCUGAGCAGGCGGCGCGGGCGGACGGGCCCCGAGGGAGGCACCCGGGCUCGGCGUGUCCCCCGUGAAUUAAAGUCUUUGCCUCCUUGCAGCCCGCCCGGGACGC